GUUGUGUUAAUACGCCGUCUACCUCCGUUGUUGAUUACAGUUGUGAAUGCUACAAGUAGAAGUGUUCAGCUCAAGGAGCAUGUUACAUAAUGGAGUGACAGGUUGAUCGUCGACAGUGUUAGGUAAUCUGAACUUCAAGCACUGGAAACCAAUAUUUCAGCCGGACGGAAAUUGGUCUUCGGUUUAGUGAUUGUCGACUAUGUUGACAAGCAAAUACAAGAGGGUGUUGACUGCAAUAUAUACGAGAUCGUGUUUAUAACCAGGUGCACGUGAAUAUACAGAGUACUUACGCCGGUCGGAGAAAAUAUAUUUUUACAGAAGAGGCUGAUUUUGAGGGUGUUUUGAGGAUGUUUGAGGAUGAAGCCCAUGAUGUUCAGUGUUGUGGGAUGAAGUGUAACGUCACACAGACAUAUUCUAACUAAUGUUAUAUUGAUCUGACGUUGUUCUUCCUCCUGGUGCUAUCGAAUAGUGAUGACAACUUCUCAGCAGUCGUGGGUCGUGCACGUCAAAGACGUGCGACCACGUCGUCGGACAAAGGUCAACACACCUGUUAUUAAUACCUACUCAGCACAGAUCCACAGAUGUGCAGAACUUUACUCUAAGCUAAUCACAGACCACCCCCAGCGCAGCUACCCGCUCUCAUCUGUCCCUUGUUCCCGGUCACGUGAUCAUUACCUUCAUUACGUUGACCUCAAGCCCUCGGGUGCAAGGUCAGCCCCGCCGUGGUGUCGACGUUAUUGGGAACCUUCCAGAGCGGACAGCGUUAUUACUAGAGGAGAAAGCGUUGGUGUCAGCAGGGAUGGGGUUAAUUCCGGCAUGGAUGGGGUUAAUACCAGAGUGGAUGGGGCAAAUUCCAGAGGGGACAUCCCCUCAAAAAUAGCGGGGAACGUUAAUACCAGAGGAGAAUGGGUUAUUAGAAGUGGCGAAAGCGUGAAUAACAGAGGACAAAGAUUACACACCCGAGCGGGGAGGGUUGCUGCCGGAGCAGAGAGGACUAAUACCACGCUGCACAGAUCUAACGUCAUUGGUGUGGUUAGCGACACCACGGGGACGUCAAGCGAGCUGACCCCACGGGAGAACAAUGACAGGGUAGGGCCUAUGUGGCUCGCUGAGCAUCUCAGGUCGCGUGACUGUGGGGCACCUGUUAAUAUGACGUUACCCCACGUUCAAGAGAACACCAGAACAUUACCACCAGGUGUUCAUGCGAGGGUAUUACCCAGAAACCCCUCGGUCAGAGAGAAGAUCAGAGGACGGGCGCGGCUCGAUUACGAGAUGGCCAAUAUUAAAGCCGAAGCAUUCUGUGAACAACAGAGGGAGAAAUAUUUCAGGACAGCUUCGGCCAAUCUUCGGAAUCGCGACGUCAGAUUUCAGGAGGAGGAGCUGCGCGAACAGAUACGCAGAGAGCAGGGAGAUGGAGAGGAUGACAUCAUCAGUAUUGUGACUUCUCCACUUGAUCAGGAGGAACUGUAUUCCCGUAUUCAGAGCUGGAUUGAAGACGUUCAGGGGGCGCUGAAGCAUUCCACCUGAACUUUUAAUAAGUCACGUUGCUGGCAAUGCUUAUUGUAAUAACAUAGUCAAGCAAAAUAUACACUUAACUAUGGAAGGUCUUAUACCAAAAUUGAUUGAUCUUGUUGCUACUGUAGCGCCUCAGGCAACACAAGGCAUAGUGGCGUACAGUGAAUGGGUGUUUUCAUUCUCGCAGUGCAACUGUAUGUGAAGUAGGGCGAACUGUUUACAGAGUCCGACAGACACUACCAGGGGAAGGCGUCGAUGUCUGGCUGACACUUGGGCAGCAGAUGGCUGGAUCAGUGGUCGUUCGUCCCUCCAUGACUCAGGCUUACCUUCUGCCUGUCUGUCCGCGCUCUUCCCGCUGUCUGCCGGCGCUCCUCCUGCUUGUUUAUCAUGACGUCUUUCAAAGAAGAUGAACAAAUUAAAACCCAGCUAAAGUCGGCAACUCUCAUGGACAUAAGCUGCUUAGCUGGUCAUAUUUUCACGAGUUUGACAUAUGUACAAGUGUACACGACAAAUAGUGUUACACUACCCUGCCUGCCACACAGCAUUUAGUGGAUAAAACAAAAAACGGUUUCUCGAAACAGAGGAAGACGAUUAUGUUUGAGAGGAAUAUCGGCGCAGAUUUGUGUCUCCAUGUCGGUUAAUUUUAUCAUUCUCGUUAAGGUCAAUCACCAUUAUAAGUGACAGACAUAACAAAACAGUGAAACUCCGAUUACUCAGAAACCGCAGUGAAAGAAUUUCCGUAAUGGCCAAAUUUUCGUUACAAUUAUAUACAUGUGCAACUAUGUAUAAAUGCAACAAAAAUGUUAAAAAAAUGAAUUAAAUUUUUCGUUAUAGUA